AAAGAGAGAGAGAGAAAGAGAGAGAGAGAGAGAGAGGGAGGAGGAAGCGAGGAAGAAGAAGCGGAGACUCCGAUCCCAAGCGCGCGACGAGAGCGAGAGAUCGUCCGGGAGAGGAAAGAUGGGGCUCACCUUCACGAAGCUCUUUAGCCGCCUCUUUGCGAAGAAGGAGAUGAGGAUAUUGAUGGUUGGGCUUGAUGCGGCUGGUAAGACGACCAUCCUCUACAAGCUCAAGCUCGGAGAGAUCGUCACCACCAUUCCCACGAUCGGAUUCAAUGUGGAAACUGUGGAGUAUAAGAACAUUAGCUUCACCGUAUGGGAUGUUGGUGGCCAGGACAAGAUCCGCCCAUUGUGGAGGCAUUACUUCCAGAACACGCAGGGCCUUAUCUUCGUCGUCGACAGCAAUGACAGGGAUCGUAUUGUCGAGGCUAGAGAUGAGCUCCACAGGAUGCUCAAUGAGGAUGAGUUGCGCGAUGCCGUGUUGCUCGUCUUUGCGAACAAGCAAGAUCUCCCUAAUGCUAUGAAUGCUGCUGAGAUCACCGAUAAGCUUGGCCUUCACUCCCUACGUCAGAGGCACUGGUACAUUCAGAGCACGUGUGCUACAUCUGGUGAGGGGUUGUAUGAGGGGCUUGACUGGCUCUCCAACAACAUCGCCAGCAAGGGUUGAAGAUGUGAAAAGCAUAUUUUGAAAUGGCUGAAGAUCUUGGUGUUAUUAAGUAUUAUAGUACUACUUUGUUACGUUAACUAGUUUGGGUUGCUUUCGUUGUUUUGAUGAAUUGGUCAUAUUUUGGUUUGUUUUUUCCUAAUAUUUUGUGUUUCGGCUGUUAAUGUACUUGCCUAUCAAUCAGUACAUGUCUGCAUGUCUUUCUUUGUAGUAGUAAUUUGACUCUGUGAUGUCGCUGUUUUAGUGCACAACCCUUUUCUUCCU